AUGGGCGGAGGACCUAGCACACCACCACCACUGAUGGAUUCGUCCGAGGAAACGUUCGAGGAUGAGCAUCUGCUAGAGCACUCGAUUGAUGGUAGAAGCAUACUCUCGGACGACUUGGUGGAAAUCACUCGGCCAAUGGCCUUCCCAUCCGGAGAAGAACCCAAAGGAUCCCAUUCUCACUCGCAUGAACAACCUAGCGCUGAUCCCUCUACAUCACCCGACAUCAAUCCUGAUCCAAGCAAGGCACAAGAACCAAAGCCUUACAAGCUACGAUGGUCCAAAAGCAAAGUUUAUAUUCAUCCUACUAGUUUCCUUCGCGAUAACCUACCAGGAUAUCUCGGAGUUCUCCAACGUGCCCCUAGAUCGUUCUAUCUUAGUUGGGUUCCCGAACGGGCCAUAGAGCACUCAUCGGAGCGAGACUCUUGGCUCAAGCUGGACCUCGAUCCUAAUCUUUCAACGAAUGAGGACAUUCUGGUGAAUGUUCCUAUCGAUCUGGAGGCUACUCCAGACUACGCUUUUUCAGUCCCAAUCGAUUCCAUCCAUUCCGUCAUUCUCACACCCCCGACUCUGAGCUCUUGGUAUGGAACCGUAGUGAUCAACGUCUUCUGCGGCCCGACGCUCCCAAAACUCUAUUUUCAUGACGAUGAAUCUCGCUCCACCCAGUUCUCCCGAGAGGUUCGUGAAACAAGAUUGGCUCAGAAUCGACUUUCUUCACUCCCUGCAAGCUGGGGUGGAGAGGCACUCCUCACACAGCUCCGUCGCUUUGCCGAUGUCUGCCAAUCCGCCAGAGAGCAUGGCCUCUUUCUUCUCAACCCUAGCAAAGACGAACGCGAAGAACACCUCACACCCAUCUUCGCAGACGAUGCAUUGAUCCCGCCACCCUCUCCCCCAAAGCGGAAUAGCAUACUUCAUCAAAGCCUGCGGAAUGGCAAUCCAUCUGGCUCAAUGGAUGAUUUUGCUUUCAACAUUUUAAGUUCUUUCAGCAAGCUAACUCAGAAUGCAAAAUCAGCUGCGCAAAUGGUGUUGUCACACAGGCUCGCCAAGCCCAUUAUUCCACAUUUACCCCAACCCAUUGCGUCGCUCGCCAAUGGUGAACCAGAAUUUAUCCGAUGGUCUCAGCAAGCAGGCGUUGAAGGCUAUGAUGCUGCCCGAGUGUAUUUGGCCAAAUGGGCAUCGAUUGUCGCGGCCCAGGGGGAACGUUCACGGCGGGCCGAGUUCAACGAUUGGGAUCCCGAACCCAUCACCAAUGACGGUAAUAUAAGCAACUUGGACGGUGGAUUUGAAAUGAUCCAUGCGACUUAUCAAGUACCGAAAGUACGCUUUCAACGAGCACCUGCUCAGCCAAUCGAGUUGGAAGAAUUUAUUGCAUGGCAGGACGAUUCUGGUAAAUUGCUGCUGGACAAAGCCGAGGGACAACGGCGAAUCUUUCAGCGCGGUGUUGCGCCCACCGCCAGGAAGCUGGUUUGGUUGUUUCUAUUAGGAGUGCAUGGUUGGGAGAGCACAUCCCAAGAAAGAGAAUCGGGUCAAGCAAGCAUGAUUGAAGAAUACCAGAAGCUCAAAGCCUCUUGGGAGACGGGGAACGAAGAGCUAAAGUCGACGGCCUCAUUUCAGGAAGAGGCGCAUCGCAUAGAAAUCGACUGCCGACGGACUGAUCGGGGCCAGCCGUACUUCUCGACCGUUUCAAACCCCGCGACUUCGGACGGUCCUGAAACAGAGGAAGACUCCAACAUGCCCUCCACCAAUCAACACGUCGAAACUGUGGGGAAGAUUCUGAUGACUUACAACGUUUGGGAGAAAGAGCUUGGUUAUGUCCAAGGCAUGAGUGACCUAUGCGCGCCACUUUACGUCGUUUUUGAGGCAGACGAGGUUACCACUUACUUUGCCUUUGUCAAGUUGAUGGAAAAAAUGAAAAGUCAUUUCUUACGAGAUCAGAGUGGAAUGCGAGACGAACUUUCGCGGCUUCAGCAGCUGUUGCUCUUGAUCGAUCCCCAGCUGUAUUGCCAUUUCGAGAAGACUAACAGUCUCAACUUGUUCUUCUGCUUCCGUUGGAUUCUGAUUAGCUUCAAAAGAGAGUUUGAGUUUCAUGACGUUCUGAAAGUUUGGGAGGCUUUGUGGACCGACAUGUGCGGACCUCAUUCGGAUCUAUUUCUGGCAUUAGCCGUGUUACAGACUCAUCGGGAACCUAUUAUUCGAUAUUUGCAAGAGUUCGAUGAGGUCCUCAAAUACAUCAAUGACAUUGCCAAUACCCUUGAGUGUGAUACCCUUCUGACGCAAGCACACUUGUUGUAUUUGACCUACAAGUCGAUCGUCGAGACCCGCUCGACGGUCACGUCUGACGGAACACAAGUCAUCGAAUCCGGAAAGCGAAGUGUCGUCGUCACCCAAGAACUCAAAAGUCUCCUGUAG